AUGUACACCGCCCCUGUCGCGGCCCUCACCGCUCUCCUGGCCCUGGUGCCUGCCCUCGGUGCCCCGACUGAGAAGCGUGCCCAGCCCAUCACUGUCGACCUCGUCCGUGUCCCCAAGGCCAUCCCCGCCGACCCCCAUCAGGCCACGCUUGAGAACCGCCUCAAGUUCACCGGCAACCACGAGGAUAGGACCCGCAUCAAGGACGAGCUGAGCAAGAUCCGGUCCAAGCAGGCUGGCCAGGCGCAGGCCAUCAACUGGGGUGCGCAGUACGCCGUCCCCAUCGACCUCGGCACCCCCUCGCAGCACUACGACAUCCUCUUCGACACGGGCUCCUCGGACACCUGGGUGUGGGGCUCGGAGUGCACCGACUCCCUCUGCCAGGCGCUUCCCGGUUUCGACGCCACCAAGUCGUCCACCGUGUCCGACGCCCACUACCAGCGCAAUCUGUCGGUCAGCUACGGCGACGGCUCUGAGGCGCAUGGCGACUACAUCCGUGACAAGGUUGCUGUUGGUGGUAUCUCGCUCGACUACGACCUGGGUAUCGCCAAGACUGCCGAAAUUAAGGGUUACGCCCACACCAACAUUGCGGGCAUUAUGGGUGCCACCCGUGUUGGCAUCCUGCAAACCGAUGAGGGUCUCAAGGUCGACCCGAAGACCAACCCGUGGUGGGUCGAGGCCUACCAGAAGGGUCUCAUCCCCGAAGGCAUCAUCGGCCUCGACAUCACCCCCGCCGGCAUCGAGGACGCCGAGACGACCAAGACCCCCGGCGGCAAGCUCACUAUCGGCAACCCGAUCUUCUGGACGCUGCAGCUGGACGGCGUGGGGCACAAGGACUCGGGCGCGUUCGGCAAGUACGGCAAGCCGAUCAUCAUCGACAGCGGGUCGACGGCGAUCCAGCUGCCCAAGGCGGUGCUGGACCCCGCCGUGCUCAAGGUCAAGGGCGCCAAGGACGCGUACAACGGCGGCCAGUACCUCGUGCCGUGCGACACGAAGGAGAGCCUCACGCUGCGUUUCAGCGGCAAGGACUUUGAGCUCCUCGCGCGCGACUGGGUCGGCCGCGAGGCCGGCAACGGCCAGUGCCUCUCCCAGGUCAUCUACUACUCGCCUCUCGGAGACCCGCUCGACUCCAACGGCGCCAUCAUCGGCGACGUCUUCUUCCACUCGCAGUACUCGGCUUACCGCCUCGAGCCCGCCGCCGUCGGCUUUGCGCGCUACAAGCGUGAUGCCUAA